AUGGCAUCCCCAGGAGUUGCAUCGAAAGGCUCCGCUGAGCCAGCGAGCAAAGAGGACCAGUUACUGAUUCUCAUGGCCCGGCUGAUGGAGGGAGGCCAAGAGGAUGAGGAGACAUGCAAAGACUUGAACCAGCUCACAAAACUGCUCAACGAUGACAUUAACGACGUCAAGAAUGGGAAGCCGUCCAUCUGUGACGCCAUCGAUAGCGACUGCGUUGAUACUCUCCUCGGCUACCUGGACAUGAGGCAGCCAGAAGCGGUCCGAGGUUUUGGGCUUUUGGCGACAUCAGCCUACCUCAAAGCAGCUGGAGAUGAAGGCAACAAGAAGCUUUCUGUGUUCUACUACGAUCGAGUACAGCGCGGCACCUACGACGACUACAUUGUUGCAUUCUGUGUUGCAUCGGCCUUGUUCCCCAUUGUGCCGGAUCUCAUCAAGGACCUGUUUCUCAGUGAAGGCUUCCUGGCUAGUCUCGGUCCGCUCAUGAGGCGGAAGUGGAAGAGCAGGAAGGUCGAGACGGCAUGUCUCGAGAUGCUUAACGCCGCAUGCAUGAACUCGGAAUGCCGUGCCGCCGUGCAGAAAUACUGUGUCGAGUGGCUCGAGGAGAUUGUGGAUCAGGAUCCGGACGAGAUUGCCAAGUCCACCAUCACGACGGAGCCUGACGUGCACCAAGCCGGAUCGAUUUCGAUGAGAAAACACUCGGAGCAGGUGCAACAUCUCGCUGCCGUAAUCCUCACAAAACUAAAGGCAACACAACCGCCAGAGUCCACUACCGAAUUACCCGAAGAACGAGUGGGCUUGGCAACCACCAGCGUCGAGGACCUGAGCAAAAAGUUUACAAAAGUUCUCCUUGAAGACCCAGAACAUGGCCGACAGAGCGCCAUUGAGGGACUUGCCUAUGCGUCCCUCCAGCCCAAAGUAAAAGAAUCAUUGUCGGAGGAUAAAGGUUUCCUAAAAUCACUUGUUGAGACGCUCAAAAAUGCUCCGCCUCGUUCAUCCCUGACCUACGGAGCAUUGAGCAUUGUCGUCAACCUUACCCGUUAUGAACCGGCUCAAUCAGAAGAGCAAAAGCGUAUGGCACAACUCAAGGCGUAUGCAAAUGCAGCCGGAAAGCUAAAGCAGGAUCCAUUGAAUGAUGACGACCACGUCAACGCAAGGUGCAUGCGCAUUUUUGAGGCCGGCAUCGUCCCCAUUCUAGUCUCGCACAGCAAAGACGGAUCGGUAGCAUCAUUAUCACUCGUUGUACAAAUAAUCUACUCACUAUCCGUUACGCCCAAGCUCCGGGGUCAACUAGCCCAGCAGGGUGCUGUCCGUCUUCUCAUCUCUGCAUGGAACGCACUCUCGGCGGCUAAUGAUGCGUCGACUGGUGUUGCUCGACGCACCGCAGCUCAGGCCCUCGCACGAAUCCUGAUAUCAACAAACCCAGCUCACGUUUUUGGUGGUACUCGACCAACGCCAAUAAGUGCGGCCAUCCGGCCAUUGGCCUCCAUAGUUCCACCAGACGACUCGACAGAGACACGAGAUUUACUCCCGACCUUUGAAGCACUUAUGGCACUCACCAAUCUCGCGUCAACAGAAGACCAAGACACACGGCGCGCAAUAGUACGUGCGGUAUUUCCUGACCUCGAGGAGCAGGUCUUGAGCUCGAAUGGAAGAGUACAACGUGCGGCCACAGAGCUCAUUUGCAACCUAGCUCAAUGUCCAGAGGGUGCUGCCCCUUUUGCAGAUGGAUCUCCUCAGGCCCGCACUAGGGUCCACAUUCUGCUGGCACUGUGUGAUGCCGAGGACGAAGGCACACGCAACGCAGCCGGUGGAACACUAGCCAACCUAUCGGCACACGAGGCUGUCGUACGGGCGAUACUUGCACGGGGCGAGCGUGGCAUACAAAUCCUGCUAGGAAUGUGUGGGGAGGACAGUAGCGAGGACCUCAGGCAACGUGGCGCGUUUGUGUUGCUCAACAUGGCGGCAACUGAAGGUGAGGCUGGUCGAUUAUCACGGGAGAAGAUCAAGGUCGAAAAUGGGGCGACGGUCCUCACGGAGUGUGCCAAGAAGACGAGGCGGCCCGAGGUGCUGGAAAUAGCGGUCGCAGCGUUGAAGGCACUUCUUGAGGCAGAAUAA